GUAACAUGCAUAUUUCAAAUAUCUAAAAACAGAUUCGACAACUAAACACUCCCAGUUUAUUCAAUUUUCUAUUCUUGAUCAGAUCAGAGAACAAAAGCUGGAAAAGAAAUGGCCGGAAGUAGCAAUCAAGAACCAACGUUAGACGAUUAUAAUGAAGAAGCAAUGGUUAGAGGACAAGCUGAAUUAUGGAACUGCAUUUUCGGCUAUGUACAAGGCAUGGCAUUAACGUGCAUAGUUCAACUAGGCAUUCCUGAUAUUAUCAACUCUCACGGCCGCCCUCUCUCCAUAUCUUCCAUUGCUGAACACAUUAAUCACCCUUCUUUAAACUCCGAUCGCCUCUCGCGAAUCAUGACAUUUUUAGUUCGUAAAGGUAUUUUCACUGCCAAACCGGACCCCGAAACUACUACUGUUAUUCUAUACGGACUCACAAACUCAUCGAAAUGGCUACUAAGCAACUCAAAAACGAGCCUUGCACCGAUGGCGCUCCUGCAAACUGAUUCAAUCACGCGAUCGUCUUGGCAUUUUCUUACUGACAUUGUCAAAGAACAAGAAGAAGAAGGAACCAGUGCAUUUGCCAAAUCUAACGGUUUAGAUUUGUAUGAUUUUACUGCUGUGAAUCCGGAGUAUAAUGGCUUAUUCAGUUCAGCUAUGGCUGCGACGUCCAUGGUUACUUCAGAAGCAGUGAAGCGGAGCUAUAAAGAUGGGUUUAUCGGAAUUAAUACUCUUGUGGAUGUAGCAGGCGGGACUGGUGCCAUGAUAGGGGAGAUUGUGAAGGAGCAUCCGCAUAUUCAAGGUAUUAAUUUUGAUCUUCCACAUGUGGUGGCUGUAGCACCUGAGUACGCCGGUGUUACCCAUGUCGCCGGCGAUAUGUUUACUAGCAUUCCUUCAGCUGACGCCAUUCUUUUAAAGUGGAUAUUGCACAACUGGAAUGACGAAGAGUGCAUCAAAAUCUUGAAAAAUUGUCGAAAGGCUAUAAGAGAGAAAAGUGGAAAGCUUAUAAUAAUAGAUGCAGUUUUAAGAGCAGAAGGAGAUGGGUUGUUUGAUGACAUGGCAUUCACAUUUGACUUAAACAUGAUGGUUAUAUGCAAUGCCAAGGAAAGGAACGAAGCUGACUGGAAAAUGUUGCUGGAGGAAGGAGGCUUUCCUACCUACAAAAUUAUCAAAAUUCCAGCCUUAGUAUCCAUUAUUGAAGCUUACCCACAUUAGCAAUGUGUAUGAUCAUCUUCGGUUGGGCGUAGAGGUGUCUUCGGUGGGUUCGGUCGGUUUGAUUUCGAUGAAAUAAAAUGUGGAUUUUUAAUUUUUAAUUCGGUUUGACAUUUGGGUUAUCCAAAUUAACCAAACUGACCAAAUAAACUAAUUUUUUUUAUUUUAAACCAAACUGAUCGAAUUACCGACUUAUUUGGUCGAUUCAUUUUUUUUUUAUUCAUUCGGUUCAGUUUCUUCUCAA